UUAGUUGAUUAGUUGAAGGCAAGCAGUUCGGUCGCCAGUCGCAAAACCGCAAAUUGUAGAAACAAAACAUAAGCAGCCGCGUCUGAGUGCCAGUGUGAUUUAUUUUUUUUAUUGUUUGGUGUUUAUUGUGCUCGUGAGCAGAUCAGUCAUAUCAAACAGACAGCCUGCAAGCCAGCCAGCUAGUCGAACGCUGGGCAAGCGGAUCAAGUCCAAUUGGAAUUGCCCGAACCGCAGCUUCACGGAGUCGAGUGUACCGUGUUUGGUGUUUCGUGUUUCGUAUUCCGGGGCAUUUUCCCCGCCGAAAGCCCCGCUCAACACCCGCUCAACCCCCAAGCAACCAGCCGAAUUAGGGGUUGCAAAGUUUUUUGCAGCCAGUCCGGAAAAGUCAGGAGGAACUUGUGUUCUAAAGGAGGAAAAGGGAAGCGCGCAAGUGAAGACUGCCCCCAAAGUCCAACCGGAAUCGGAAGGGGACUCCGCCGAAUCCUUGAGUGAAUCCUUUUGCGCGUGCCAUGCGUGACCUCGGCACCAAAAUGGCCGAGCUAAAAUUCGAGGCUCCAUUGGCAAAGUUCGAGGAGACGGACGAGUGGGGCGGCUGCGACUUCAUCUCGAGUCAGAAUGCCCUAAACGACACGCUCAACCUAAAUCUGAAGGACUCCUCCUCCGGCGGCAAGCCGGAUGCGGCCAAGCUGCGACUCCUGGAGGACGCGGUACGCGAUGCGCACGUGAGCAAGAACGGUGGAGGAGGAGGAGUGGUGGGAGGAGGAGCUGGCUCCAUUAGCCCCAAUUGCAAUACGCUGCAGGGCGGUUCGCUCAUAGAAAUCGGCCUGUCCGAUGUGGGAUUGGUGCCAGGCGAGGGUGCCGGCGUUGGCCUCGACGGUCUGGAGAAGCGCUCCCUGGCCGCCGGCGAUCAUGUGGACAACUUCACGGAGACCUUUGGCGGGAGUCUGGAGGACCUGGUCAACACGUUCGACGAAAAGAUAACCAAGUGCUUCGGCAACUACGAGGAGAACGUCGAGGAGCUGGCUCCGGUGCAGGUGCGCAGCCAGGAGGAGAUCAUGAACGAAUGCCAAAUGUGGUGGACCAUCACAGGAAACUUUGGCAACAUUCUGCCCAUCGACUGGUCCAAGUCGUACACCCGUCAGAUGCACAUGCCCACCCUGAAUCUGGGCCAGAACCACACGAAGCAGCAGCAGCAGGCCCGCAACCAGCAGCAGCAGUUGCACAACCAGAGCCACCAGGCGUAUUCACACACCAACGGUUCGGGUUCCGGGCUGGAUGCCCAGACUCCGGGCGAUGAGUUCAACGAUCUGGCCAGCGAGGACGAGGCUGUGGCCAACGAUCUGGACAUGCACGCCCUCAUCCUCAACGGCUUGAACGGGGACAUGGACGACCAGCCGAUCAAGACGGUGGAGGAGGUGAUCAAGGAGAUCGACGACAUCAUGGACGAGGCCGAGAGCCCGCUGGACGAGCCGGAGACCUGCGAUUCGGAGGUGAUCGAGAAGGCGCGAGAGGUGCUGGGCGCCCCCCUCUAUGCGGAAAAACUGCAAUAUCUGACCACGACACAGCUGAACGAGCUGUACAUGGAGAUGGAGGUGCUCAUCCAGGAGCUGAGCGAGACCUUGAUCAACGAGCUGGCCCUGCGCGACGAGCUGGAGUUCGAGAAGGAGCUGAAGAACUCGUUCAUCUCGCUGCUCCUGGCCGUUCAGAACAAACGGCGGCAGUACCAUGUGGAGAAGAAGCGCGGCAAGUUCCAGGGUCCCGAGCCCAAGUACUUGACCACCGUCAUUCCGUAUCACCUGGAGAACGGCACGCCCAACAACCAGUCCCUGCAGGUCCUGAUCAAGAUUCUCAAGGCCAUCAACGAGGACAGCCCGACGGUUCCGGCCCUCCUCACGGACUACAUCCUGAAGGUGCUGUGCCCCACAUAAGCGCCAUAAGCGGUAGUCGCCGCGGUGCAGGAACCCAGCUGUCGCUCUAUCUCUACGUCUGUGUUUAUACAAUUGAACCGUACAUCUCUAUACAACUUGCAUAUAGACACCGAACCACACCACACCACACCACGCCACAACACGCAUAACUUAAUGAUUAGUUCGUACUUUAAAUUAUUGUUUAAAUGCAAUCCACGUAAACGGGAGGGCGCCAGGACUCUAGUGAUUCUGUCCAAUGUGUGGCACCCAAAAGCGGAGUCUUCUGCAGUCAACAGAGUCCUUCUCCCGGCCGAUCCCCGACAGAACAAAAUAUGCAACAAAAUAUACAUGUAACACAUAUAUAGACACAUAUAUAUAAUAUAACGAAAUAUUUGCGGAGAGCGCGCCCGAAGAACUCAGCCAGUCCUCCCAUGGCAACAAUACUCAAUUCUCCGCCGCCUCUCUUUCUCUUUAAGGAGCAUUCGUAUUGUUAUAGAGCCGACUCCAACUAAGCUUAAAUAUAUAUGGUAAAUGCAUCUAGGCCAGUUGUCAGUUGCAAGUUGCCAGUUGCCAGUUGUCAGUUGCCAGUCUGCCUGCCGGUGCAUCGUCAACUUUUCGUCUAUAUGUGAAAUAUGCAGAUCUAAAACAAUACACAGCUUGCAUUUUGUUCGCCCAGCUUUCUUCGAUCGAACUAAUCUGUGAGUUCGCUUCGGCAGCCAAUCACUAGGUUUUACAAUAAGGAACUUGUAUGUAAUAUAUAUAUGUAACUUGAUCAUAAGAGGUGUGUGUGGCCUGCAGUCCCUGGAGAAUCCGCCGUUUCGAAAUGUGUUCCGAGUGCAAUUUACAUGCAAAUAUCAUUUGAGAUGGCAUCAGACUCAGAAGCAGCAGCAGAAGCAAAAUCAGAACCAAAAUCAGAACCAGAAUCAGUGGCAGCAAUUGUUUUCGCUUCGCUUUAAGUUUACUACGCCUAAUUUACUCAUUUUUAUUGUUUACGAGGCCAUAAAACGCGUUCUGUUUUGUUCAAAACAAUUGUUUAAUGUGAGUGGAGGAGGAAACACAAAUUUAAUUUUAAUUUGCAUAGAAAACGCUGUGUUAUUUACUUUUACCAAACAAGCAUAAAUAAAACGCUAAUGAUAAAUGAUAACUAUGAUUACAAAUAAAUCGAAUAAUAGCUAAAACUCAGUCAGGCGCACAGUGCUCUUCUUUUUCUUCCUCAGUAUGAUCCAUUGCCCAUCAUACCCAGUACUGGGUAUACCCAGUUAAUCGGUACUUCUCGUCCUUACCUCCUAAGCAACCAGCCACAAUUAAACGCGAACUUAGAGCGACGUACGAGUAGGGGGAAGUACAAGUAUAAGAUACAUCCAGUUGCAUCAAGUCCAAAUGAACCACAUUAUAUCAUGUCUCACAUCUCAAAUCUCACACGACAAAACUAAUCGAAGAAGGAGGAGCGAGGUGCACUCGAAGAUUCCAGCCCAUUUGAUCGAUCACUGAUCAUCGUUCAUGGAUCGGCUCUUCAGAUAGAAGAAUGAAUAAUGCAAAAUGAAUAAUGAAUAAUGAAUAAAGAAUCACAUCUAAUGCAAAUCUUAGGUACCUUUGUUAGUAAACGAUAUGCAAGAUAUACAUACAUACCUAAAAUCGAAACCCUAUAUAAAAGACAGAAAUACAGAAUACACACUCAAGAGAAGCAUAAGAGCAUAAAUGUUUACGACUUCAUAUACAACAAAUAUAUAAAUGUAUAUCAAAUAUGGUCGCGCUUUAUAAACCAAUUUAAAACGUAUUACUAAAUCGCAACUCCUUCAAUGGAAUGUGACUUUUUUAGGUCUCUGCCGAGUAAAGCAAAACCGAAUAUUAAAAACCAAGCAAUGGCCACAUAAAUCAUAUAAUAUGAUACAAAAUUAAGAUGGGAUCCCUUCCCCUAAUUGUACGCGUAUUUGUAAAUUAUUUGAAAUGCAAAUAAAUGACAGCCUAGGAUGGAAAUUAUAUUUAUUUGAUAAAUUAGUAAAAGGAGAACACAAAAUACAUAGUUCUAUGUACAAUGGACAAACCGAAAACUUUUAAAUUGCUUGAAUAAAAAGAAGAAAACUAUU